AUGGACGACUUCAACGACCGCUCCUACCACCCCUCAAACAACCACCCCAGCCAACCUACCGACCCUUGUGUUGACCUUUCCACCCCAUACACUACCGUCACCUCAAGAGGCAUCCAGAAUUACUACCCACCCGUUCUCCCGGAUGACGUCAACGAUGGUUUCUCUGCGACCGUUGGGCCUCCUCCUUCUCUCCUCCCAACGACUGAUGUGGAUCAGAAUCUCGGUACCCGCAAUCCCCUCUCAUUCCUGGACCCCAGCCUUCACAAUCCCCAGCAGAAUGUCAGCAGCUACCACCCAUUCUCAACCCCACAGGAGCCCGCGUGGGGUACCAUGAUGCCCACAACUCAUUUUCCCGCAAGCAGUCUUUCUAGUUAUGCAUCCGCUACAGCUACGGCAGAUGAUCACUAA